AAGAAAAAGCUCAGACUCCGGGUCCCGUCACCGCCGUUAAUCUCACCGCUCAAAUUACAGUUAUACCCUCAGCUCAAACCCUAAUCUAUGCCCCUCCCUCGAUUCGCGCUUCCCAUCCUCCUCUUCUUCGGCCUAGGGUUCCGCGAUCUCUCCCCAGCCCCGGCCGCUGCUGCGAAGGACGUCGAGAUAACAUAUGGGAGCGUUAUCAAGUUGAUGCACGAGCGGACGAAGUUUCGACUGCAUUCGCACGAGGUUCCUUAUGGAUCGGGGAGCGGGCAGCAGUCGGUUACCGGGUUUCCCAACGUCGAUGAUUCAAAUAGUUAUUGGAUUGUCAGGGCUCAACCGGAUUCAUCUGCCAAACAAGGUGACAUAAUACAAAACGGAGAUAUUAUAAGGCUGCAACAUAUGAAGACACGGAAAUGGCUACACAGCCACUUGCAUGCUUCUCCAAUUUCCGGCAAUCUAGAGAUAAGCUGCUUUGGAGGUGAUGAUGAGUCAGAUACUGGAGAUUUUUGGAGAUUGGAAAUUGAAGGAAAUGGGAAAAUCUGGAAGCAAGACCAAAGAGUAAGACUGAGGCACGUCGACACGGGUGGCUAUCUACACAGUCAUGACAUGAAAUAUACUCGUAUAGCCGGUGGGCAACAAGAGGUGUGUGGUAUCAGAGAGAAGAAGCCUGAUAAUAUUUGGCUGGCAGCAGAGGGUGUGUACCUCCCCAUUAACCCGAGUAAAUAAUCGUAAUAUUUUCGCCCUCCAAGUUCUAGUUCAGCAUCAUAGGUGAGCAAUCCAAUCGGUAGAUUCUCCUCACAUCCGAUCAAGAUGCUAAUUAGUUGCUUGUAUAUUUUACUGCUCGGAAUCCAUCAGGUCAAAGGUUGUUGCGUGUUGAUGAUAUGAGAAAUUAUAGGUUUGUCGCUGUUACUUGAUCUAGAGAAUGUUUGUGUACUGAGCAGCGUGAUCUCCUCUUGUUAACUGUUGGAAGUUUGUUACUUCAUGCAAUAUUACAAAACUUUUGACGCUAA